CGUCGCCGCUCUCCGAGAGUGAAGGGGAGCUGUGAUGGCGAGUUCGGCUGCUUCUUCAGUGCGACCGCCGAGGCCCAAGAAAGAGCCGCAAGUGCUCGUCAUCCCCAAGAAUGCGGCCGAAGAGCAGAAGCUCAAGCUGGAGCGGCUCAUGAAGAACCCGGACAAAGCAGUUCCAAUUCCAGAAAAAAUGAGCGAAUGGGCACCUCGGCCUCCCCCAGAAUUUGUUCGAGAUGUAAUGGGUUCGAGCGCCGGGGCUGGCAGUGGCGAGUUCCACGUGUACAGACAUCUGCGGCGGAGAGAGUACCAGCGACAGGACUACAUGGAUGCCGUGGCGGAGAAGCAAAAAUUGGAUGCAGAGUUUCAGAAGCGACUGGAGAGGAAUAAAAUUGCUGCGGAGGAGCAGACGGCAAAGCGGCGGAAAAAGCGCCAGAAGUUAAAAGAGAAGAAAUUAUUGGCAAAGAAGAUGAAACUUGAACAGAAGAAACAAAAAGAAGGAUCCAGUCAGUCUCAGGAGCAGCCGUCCAGUAGCUCUGAGGAAGCAUCUGGAACAGAGGAGGAGGAGGAGGAGCAGCCCAGCUUCAUCAUGGGGCGAUGACAGUGUUUGCCGUCAUGGCUGUCUGGAGCCUGGCCCGUUCUGCGGCCGAGCCUCCGAAAAGCCUCCACACAACCCAAGGUGAAAGGAGGCUCUGUUUCCGCUCAGUUCUCCUCCUGGCGCCUUGCUGGAGAGAAGUAAGCGGGAACCCAUCCUGACUGUUGACAGCCCCGCCUGUUGGCAGGCCUCCGUGCCUGUGGGACAGAGAGGACCAUGUCCUGGACCCUUGGGGCACCGCCAAGCAGAGUUCAUUCACGUUCUGGCUGAUGGGGGAGCACGUAUCGCCUUCUGCCCCUGGUGCCUCUUCUCCUGUUUGGACAGUGAUGAGUUUGGACUAGUUUCUGUGACAGAAAUGUUUAUUUAGUAAAGAACAGAAACAUCAGGUUUUGUUCAGACCUGUCUAAUGUUGUUCCAAAGCUGCAGGGACGGCUGGGAAGCGAUGUGACACGGGGGGCCUGUUUCCAGGCUUGUUGAAGGAAAUGGCUCCGGCUCUGCGGCAGCCCGCACUGCACAGUGCAGGACCCCCACUUCCUCCAGCUGAGGGGCAGACUGUACCCCAUGAUACAUGCUGCUGCCCAGCACUUCCCAGUCCCCAGGUGUGAAUUGGGGAGCCCCAAAGUUGGGCAAAGGGAAAUGUGGGGGCUCAGCCAGGGGCCGAGCCAUAGAAGGGCAACUUGGUGUGUGAAGAGAGCUUUUGAGAAAACCAGUUAAAGACUAGAAAAAUAAGCAGGUAGAGAAUCCAGGCUGGCCUGGAGCAGAGCAGAGUAUGGGGAGUCCUAGCCCAACCCGAAGGGAGGGAGUGAAUUGGCCAAAAGCUGCAUUUUCGUCCUGUGGUAAAGGGGGAGUUGAACAAAGUGUGAGGUGACCAGGGGCAGCCUCUCAGGCCAGCAGGAGGGACAGAGAUGGUUUGGUUUAGAGCCUUUGCUCACUUUUGGGGUUAUUUAUCUCCUGUUCCAAGUUUCUAAGUACAUUCUGUGCCUUUUAUUGAGUGUGAUAGAAUUAAGGAAAUAGUGGUUUUGAGCGAAGGGAAACUAAGAAGCAUUUCACUUGUUUUUUCAUUUUUGCAGUAUGGAUUUUCCUGGCCCCACCCUCAGCCAGGCGACAUCUGUGAGCACUUCUGUCCUUUAAGCAAUUCAAGCCACAGGAAUUUUUCUUUCCCAGGGAGCUGAAAUGGAAAAUCAGCACUAAUAAAUUAGCACGCCCCGUGGCUGUA